UUUUAUAAAAGUCGGACCGUGUCGCUUAAAAAACAUUCCCCAAUUUUGUUAUGUUGUCGCUUUCCUUAUAACAGUCCAAGCUGUAUGGUUAGGGAGUCGGUUAUUAUAAUUAUCCAAACAAAGCUCUAAACUACGGUCUGUACGAAUAUAACCAUGAUCGGGCUGUGUUUUUGGAGAAGCACAAUGCGGGCCAGGACACCGAUCGUGUUUUCCAGAGGACAGGGCACCUACACACAGGGUCAGAGUCCUGAGCCGCGUAUUCGUGAAUACUUCUACUAUCUUGAUCAUCAAGGGCAGCUUUUCCUGGAUGAUACCAAGGUGAAGAACUUCGUCACUUGUUUUAAAGAUCAGCAGUUUCUGGUUUUCUUUUUCAAGCGUUUGAAAGUCAAUCGUAGUGGUCGCUACGAGCAGCAAUUCCCCUUCCUUUCGUUGUGUGGACGUGAGAGGAACUUCCUACGUUGUGAUGAUCAGCCAGUUGUAUUUACUCAUUUGUUGUCUGAGACAGGACACAAGGCACAUCUGUCGUACUGUGGAGGAGGGACUAAACUGACUUUUCCUUUCCAACCUCAUUCCUUGUUCAUGCAUCCAGAAAGUGGCAGAGUGUACCAUCCUGCUCCUGAGCUGGUAGGUGGUGUUGGAUUGGUACGUUCCGCAUUAGCCAUAGAGUUCAGCCCUCACUUUCACUACUCUUCAGGUCAAGACAGUUCCGCUCAACCUACUCAUUUCUUAUGGUCUGGGCAGCAUUAUACCCUGACUAAUGAGCUUAUAAGGAAUUUCACAGUGAAAUAGAAAGCAUUAUUUAGACCUUUUUUUUUUUUUGACAAAUCCAAUACUUAUGAAAUGCAGUUAAGUAAUCACUGUAUACUAUACAAUGUAGUUAUAAGACAGAUCACUGUAUUUUAUAGAAUGGUUACUGUAAAUAAACUUUAGGUGUGUGUUGUGACUAUGUAUGUAUAGG